CAUAGCAAACACGCACUUCCAAUGGCGCUUCUACAAUCGUCAGCCUCUUCGUUCAUCUCUCAUUUUCCAGCUUCUCCGGUGAACUCCGUUCGUUUGUCUCCGCCGUUCGGGAACCGUUACGGUGGUUUGUCGGUGAAGGCGGAAGCGGCGGCGGGGAUAGUGUUGGUGGAUAAAUCGGAAGCGGAUAAGGUUAAUCGUCUCAAAACAUCGUACUUCGAGAAGAUUGUUCCUUUGCUCAAGGAAGAAUUUAGUUACACUAACAUUCAUCAGGUGCCUAAGGUUGACAAGAUUGUGGUUAACUGUGGUAUCGGAGAUGCGGCGCAGAACAACAAAGGUCUCGAUGCAGCGAUAAAUGACAUGGCUCUCAUCACAGGACAAAGACCUGUAAAAACGAAAGCAAAAAAUCCCAUCGCUACUUUUAAGAUCAGAGAAAAUCAAACACUUGGAAUCGCCGUCACCCUAAGGGGAAACGUGAUGUAUGCAUUUCUUGACCGACUUAUCAACUUGGGUCUUCCUAGAACCCGGGAUUUUCAAGGCGUGAGCCCUAACAGCUUCGACGGGAAUGGUAACUACAGCGUCGGACUUAAGGAACAAAGUGUGUUCCCCGAGCUCAGUUACGAUGCCCUCGGCAAACCGAGAGGAAUGGACGUUUGUAUAUCGACAACGGCUCCAACCGACAAAGAAGCGUAUAAACUUUUAGCGUUAAUGGGAAUGCCGUUCCGUGAGGGUUCGGGACCCUCGGCGGUGGUCAGGCGGAAGAAGUUGAAAUCACACCAUUUCAACACCAAGACCAAGCAAAAGGCACGACGGUGAACCGCUCGUGAGGUAACUUUUACGUUCUACCGCUUGUAAAACUCGAUUUUGUUGUGAUUCAUAUGAAUAGUUGUGUUGUACAAUGAUUAAAUGCAUGUUUUGAUUAAUAUUCGUGCC